UGAUGCGUCAACAUAAAAAAGCGGAUGAUGCUGUUAUGUAAAAACACGCUGAAGUGAGCCGUAGUUUGCAGGAGCUUGCUGAAUGCUUCGCACGCCUCACUUCGUCCUUUGAACGACUGCUGUAGUUUAAAGUGUACCGAGGAUUUUCACGCAGAGCGGCGCAGUUUGGAGUAAAACAAAAAAGAGUAAGAAUGCAAACGUUUCAACCGAUCAGCUCAACAUGAGUCGCCCUCCGCUCUGUUUUCCUUCUUCAGUUGCGGGAAGCGUACACCUGACGCAUCACUCUCUCGCCCUGUGGAAGUGAGAUCCCUUUUUAAAAUCGUCUGCAGAGUUGUGUUCCAGUUAUUUUUUUUCCCACUGCAAAACGGUAAGACUCAGCUGCCUUUUAACUCUUAUCGUGGCUUGGGCAAAACUGAAAGUGCGAGGCAGGACAAGACCGAGCGACGAGACGGCUCGGGGGUUGGGAUAAUGUGUCAGCUGUAGGAGCGAUUAACAGAUCCUUCCUUUUCGGUGGUGAAACUUUUGCGGAGAGCUCGUGUUACUUCUUCCUUCUCCCGUGCAGGUGGCACGGGCGUCUUUCUUUUCACGAGUGUAUGGACCCAGGUGAUGACCCAUGAUGAUGCUCACUGAAGGGUCUCUCUGAUCUCAAACCUGCCAUCAUAGGACCCUGUGGAUGAAGAGGAGGUGGUGAAUCUGCUCCAGGACGCUGAGACCAUGGUGAAAGCCCAGCGGAGCCAGCCUGAGGAACGCGGGAAGCCCCGAAAGGAGAAGGGAAGCAAGGAAAAGAGAGGUGGUGUGAAAAAAGGGAAAGAGAGAAAGAUUGAGUUGAGGGGAAAGAAAAAGAAGGAUAGGAAAGAGUCACAUCGACAUAGAAAGAAUACACUGGCAGUGGGUGAUGGAGAUGCACUGGACUGUUGUGUCCUGCUCACCCGCCUCGAGGAGAAAGGAGUUGUGGGUAAAGGGAAGUAUGCACCAAAAAUUGGGAAACAAAACAAAGUCAAAAAGAAGCUGCACUCCGGCUCCAUUCAAAGACGGACCAAAUCAGGAUAUAAGAAAAGAGCCAAUCAGAAAGCACUGGAACCAAAUAUCAACCAAUCUGACGCCUUACUCAAGUUGCCCGCAACUGUCCUUGAGCCCCGGAGGCGGAGAAUGGCCUCCCUCAAUGCUGAGGCUGUCAACAGCUUGCUGCUCUACAGAGACGAUUCUCUCGUGUCAAAUCUCACAAAGAAACGUCAGCCUUCAACUGAAGAUCCAGCUAAAGAUAGGCUCUCUGAAACUGAACAUGGAGGUCGUAAAACCAAAAAGGUUUUUCCAGGAGGGAAAGCGGACCGAAAAGAAAGACCUAAAAAACAGGGGCGGUCAGCAGCGGAGGCUCAGGACAUCGACUGGUUGGCUUUGUUUGCACCAACGCCUCGGCGUCAGGCAGGCCUCACUGCUGCAACGCUGCUCAAACUCACCAGUGCCACGUAUGGAACCAAACGGCAAAAGAAGACAGAGCCCAAGCCAGGGAGUGGGAUUGAAGCAGCAGCAACGACUCAGGAUGAGAUUAGCGGUAAACAAGUGUGUGGAGGAACAACGCUGACCAAAAGAACAACGCAUCCCAAACAUGAGGACCAACUAAAGCACAGAAAACAGGGUACAGAGGAUCCGGUUCAUUCCCAGCAGGGCUCUACCAUCCAGGGUUGCUGUAGUUUGUGCAAAAGCGAGGUGUCAGAUCCAGAGUGGAAGGGCACCACAGGAGGAAUGGAGUGUCUCAAACAUGCGGUCCACUGUGGCUCUUCGCUGGGAUUCUCCUUGAAAACAAUCAAAGAGGAGCAGGUGGACACUGAGGUGUCUUCCUGCUACUGCUGUUCCCAGGAGAGGUGUGUCGAGUACUGUCACAGACUGGCCCUCUUUCUGGAGGACAAGACCUUCAAGGAACCAGAGGAAGGCUCACUCUCCGAGGUGUUUCACCACCACCAUCACCACCACCAUCAUCAUCACCACCAUCUUCAGUCCACCCACUCCGUAGCCCACCCAGCAGCCAUAACCAUCAGCCCACACACGUACACAUGUUUCCCUGGCUACUAUGUCCACUUCAGCCACCCGGAGAACUCCCCUUCUCCCAUAUCACCCCUCGCUUUGUGCCCAAGGCGCGGCAAGAGACCCAAGCUGCUCCCAAGCACCGAUCCGCAGCCCUCAGGGAUUAGCCAUCCAGUGUACUGCUGCACCUCAGUGGAGGCGUGCUACGGAGAGCCCUGCAGGGUCAACGGUUACCCUGCCUAUACCAGUAUGAUUCCACCCAUGGCCAGAGGAGGGUGCUCCUUCAGCCCCACAGACGGCACCACAUGUAACCACGGCAUCAAAAGAGAUGACUACCCAUCAACCCUCAAUGACCAUCACAGUCCCUCCUCCAUCCCCAUCUGUCCCAGCCCCAGAAUCCUCACUGGCUGCCCCAUUCCCACUGUGCCUCCAGCGGGCCAAUCAGUGCCCCACAUUCAGACUCCGCUGUCUGACCCCAGCCAACCGCAGGCUCCGCUGCAGGUGGCGAAGGAGUGUCCGCAGAGUGCCAAGUCGCCCAGCGGGUCGAGGUCUGGCGCACGCGGCACCGGCAGCAUCAGCGUGGCUGUCUGCCCUCGCAACAGGGACAAGAAACAGAAGCUUGGCUCUGCCAGCGUCGGAGCGCGAACGGUUGCCAAGCAGCCGAAGAACGGCCGCCAAAAAACCACCAACGGCUGGCAGCCAGUUGGCCUGCCCUUUCAGAAGGAGGUUUUCUCAGUGGGAGAGGAGGCUCUGGUGCUGAGGAAGUGUUUCGAGGGAGUCCAGAGGGACGGGGAGGUGAUUCGGGUCAGAGACACUGUUCUGCUGAAAUCUGGACCUAGGAAGAAGUCUCUGCCUUAUGUGGCCAAGAUCUCAUCUCUGUGGGAAGAGCCAGAGUCAGGAGAGCUGAUGAUGAGUUUGUUUUGGUACUACCGUCCAGAACACACACAAGGGGGACGCAACCCCAGUUUACAUUGUGAGAAUGAGAUAUUUGCGUCUCGUCACCAGGAUGUGAACAGUGUGGCCUGUAUUGAAGACAAAUGCUAUGUCCUAACAUUGGCACAGUAUUGCCGAUUUUGUGCCUUGGUAAAACGGCGUAGGGAAGGCGUUUGCGACAAUGCCGCCUCCCUCGUGGUGCCACCCGUUGUUGGCAAUGCCAUGCCCACCCACCACUGUGUGCCCGAUGACGUUGACCCAGAGCUGGUGUUUUUCUGUCGACACGUCUAUGACUUCCGCUACGGACGCCUCCUCAAGAACCUGCAGUAGCAUCUGACGGGGCAUGACACUUAAUGCUAUUGGACGUGAGAUAAUGUUACUCAUCUUCCACAACUUUAGCUGCAUACAGUACCUACAUGCUGACUGUGUGAGAGGAAAGUUUUGGAUGAAGGAUUCAUGAGCUAAUUUUGUUUUGAAAUCCCUUGUGCAUUUUUUACAUGCCAUGCAUUUAUUUAGUAAGGGUAGUGGUCUGACAUAUUGUGUAAGAGUUAAUAUGGCAUGGCUCUCUGAUGUCAUAGCAGCUGUGGGAAGAACCUGGAACGUACUCUGCUGUAGAAAACGCUACUGUAGCUCUUAGUAAUGUGACAUUCGAAAUCUAUGAAGAAAGGCUGAAGUUACAUGAGAAUUGCUGUCUGCCUGACAAAUAUCAGACACACCAUGUGUCUCAAUGAUAAACUAUAGCUCAAGGAAAUCUGAGGCUUAUUGUGCCGCAUCAGUCCUUGAGAAGACACAAGAAACAAAGAGAUUUCUGAGUGGCUGAAGAUUUAGUCACACUUUUCAUUUCUCUGUAAGGCACUGUAUACAGACGAUUUACAGAAAACGUAAACAUCUGUGUUCAAGAUGUUUUAAGGAAUAGUUAGAUAUUUUGGGAAAUGUGCUUUUUCGUUUUCUUGCCAAAAGGUAGAUGUGAAAAUUGAAACACUCUUCUCUUCAGUAUGUAUGAAGCUGUUAUCAGCAGCCUGUUUGCUUAGCUUAGCCUUAGCUUAGCUUAGCUUAGCUUAGUUUAGCAUAAAUACUGGAAACAGUGGGAUGGGGUGCUUGUUUUUUCCCUAGCCUAGCUGUUUGCUUUGGACAGAGCCAGGCUAGAUGUUUUGCUUUGUCCAGUCUUUAUGCCUAGCUAAGUUAUCUUGCUGCCGGCUCCAGCUACAUAUUUACUGGAUGGAAAUGAGAGUGGUAUCGAUAUUUUCUUCUAAAUCUUGGCAAGAAAGCAUAAACAAUUCUAUUAUAUAACAUUUGCAUUAUCAUGUAAUUGUGAUUGACCUGUAGGUAAAUGGCAACAUCUCUCGUAAAUUUCGGAGAGAAUUGUAGGUUUUAUGUCAUAUCUGUAACUGAAGUUCACCUCAGUGGUGAUUUUUCACAAUGUAGUACAGAACUGCACUCUACAAAGAAAGCACAGUUCAAUUUAUUUGAUUCGCAGUGUGAAGCUGUCCAACGAGCCGAGCAUUGAGGGCAUUUAUAUUAUGCCAAUGCAGAGGAAUAUUUUACUUUCUCAAAGCUGUUUGCCACAGGUGUGAUUUGACUCCGGUGUCAGCUAACUGUAUAUUUGCAUUUAUAUAUCUGGAUGAGUGUCUGUUAAUGGCAGAUGGCUUCAGUUAGUCACCUAUAUUCUUGUUUGUUCACCGAUGAGAUGGUGAGUAAUGUAUUCAUUGUAGCAUUUAGAUCUGUGAUGAUGAUUCAUUCCUAUGUUCGAGAGAAGAUAUGUAUUUAUUUCUGUACUGAGAAAAUAUAAUUUAUUUUCAAAAGAUAAUUUUAAAGAAUAGAGUUUUAGAUGAGUGGCUUUCAUUCCUCAUUAGAAGGGAGGUUGAAGUUGUCUCUCCUCCUUAGCUGCACUGUCUAAGAUGAAAAGUGUGUGAGUCAUUUGCAAUAGUAUUUCUGUGACUGAUUGAGCUUGCUUGCCCAAUACAAACCUAUUAAAUGUUGUGUUGAGAUGUUGAAAUCCUCCAUGCAGAUUUGAGGACACAUAUGGAGUUACAGUCAGAUACAGUUUGAAGGACACCUGCUAACAUGUGACCAGAGAUGCUUAACCUGCAGGACCAAAACGUACCUUGGCCUCUCCCAGCUUCCUGUCAUUCUCCUGUCAUCUCUCCUAUGACGAUAAAGCUUUGCCUCUUCACCUUUAAAUGCCGAAUGCUAUGCUGAUUUAAACUUACCUUGCCAUUAGCCUGUGCCCUUGAUCUUGCUGCCUUAGUGAACAUUCCCAGCCUUUAAUUUAGAAAUGUGUACCGAUAUCAGCCUGGGGUAAUGAAGCUUUUUAGUGUGCUGAUCUUGAUUCCUUGAUAGAUGCUUGAGAUGCAUCACAGGUCCACCUCAUUCAUGUGACCCUAUGUAAUCUGAAAGGCAAAACUGAUCCUUGAUCAACAUUUUUAUUUCAACAAAAUGCUGCUCAAGUUUGAUUCAAAUUCAAAGUGACCUUCAGUAUCAAACACCCAACACCCAACAUUUUGGGAAAUAUGCUUAUUCAAUUUCUUGUCUAGAGUUAAACGAGAAGAACGAUACCGCUCUCAUGAAGCUACAGCUAACACCCGAUUAGCCUAGCUUAGCAUAACGACUGCAAAGGGAAACACCUAGCCUGGUUUUGUUGGAAAAGGCAACACACUUCUGCUACCAGCACCUCUAAAACUCACUUAUUAACAUGUCGGGGGGGGGGGGGGAUCAUGUACAAAAGGACAAUUUGCUGAUAGCUGUUUCUCCCUGUUUUAAUUUGUUAUGCUAAGCUAGCUGUCUGUAGGCUGUAGUUUCACGUUUAGCAUACAGACAUGAGUGUGGUAUUUUCUCAACUCUUGACAAGAAAGCGAUAAGUGUAUUUCCCAUAAAUAUUGAACUAUUGCUUAAAGUUUGUACUUCUUGAUGAACAGCGGCUGAAGUGAGAUGGGUAUUUGUCAGUUGCAAUGAAUUUCACUCCUUAAAGGUUUUCAUGGUGGACAAAAAGUCAAUCAAAAUGUCCACAGAAACCCCUUCUUUAUGAUAGUCCACCUCUCAGCUGUCCAACUGUAUGCUCAUUAUGUUCCAAACAAUCACAUUUUGCCAAAAUACAUCUUAAGACAGAGCUGCCUGCCUGGCAGAGCUUCACAGAGGUUGAUAGUCACUAUUUGAAUCCCUUGUAUCCAACAUUUUUUAAGCUGACCACAAGCGCUGUAGUACAUGAAGGAGGGAACUACAAACUACAUACAGCCACCUUACAAGCACAGGGGGUGAGAAUGUGAUAGUCAAAAGAUAGAUUGUGUGUGGAGUAGCACUUGAAAAUGCCCACAUCCUGCCUACUUCUGCUUUGCUCCCUGUACAAAGGGUGGCGUUAAUUUUGUAAUUUACAAAAAUAGAAUUCACUAUAAAUUAAUUCAUGUAUUAAUAUAUGACUUUAAAACAAGCCUCAGAUUAAUAUUUUCAUAUUGUUUAUUCAGGACUAGACCCUCCCAUUUCAAUCUGUCUUGCUCAGUAAACCAAAGGUUAUCAGUCUAUGUUUCAAAACUUUUCCACUGACUGAAACAUUUCAUUGAAUAUUGAAGUAUUGUGUAUGUACAGCAGUAAAGCCCACACAGCACAAUACAACAAGCAGAAUUGGGUAAACUACAUUUGGUCUGAUUUGGUUCUGCAAUUUAAUAUCCCCCCGGGUAUUCUGUAUUAGAGUUAGAAACCACACACAGUACAUAUCAUGGCCUUAGGAAUCACUCAGCAAACUAAUUAUGUUUAAUCAAGAUAUGUGAUACUUAUGUCUUAAUUGGUCCUCUGUGCCUGUUCCCAUUAACCCAUAUAUUAUCCAAGAGAGGAGGAUGAGCAGUUACUGGUGUUUUUACCCACCUUCCAAAUGCCUUUCAUUUUUGUCAGAUGACGCUGGUCUUAUCUUGAAUCACCACAAAGAAAUGUUUGCACCAAAAAGAGAGAGGGGGGAAGGUGUUGACACAUGUAUUUGAUUUCAUCCCCAGCUGUAAAAAAAACCUAACCUUUGGUUCUUCUGAUGUGAAUUUAUGUUCAUAUUAUUUGCAUGGUGUUUGGAAAUAUCUUGGAUAUAUUAACCACAGCACAGAUUAUUUGUAUGGUUUCAAAUGGACCUCUGUAAUAUAAGAAAAAUAUUUAAUUGUAAUAAAUAAUAUAUGAGUUUGAA